CUUCCGGUACGUAGCUGUCAUCAAAAAUGGCUUCUCUUGACAGAGUGAAAGUACUAGUUUUGGGAGAUUCCGGGGUAGGUAAAUCUUCCUUGGUCCAUCUUCUGUGUCAGAAUCAGGUUUUAGGAAAUCCUUCAUGGACAGUCGGUUGCUCUGUGGAUGUACGGGUCCAAGACUACAAGGAGGGAACACCUGAAGAGAAAACCUACUACAUUGAACUGUGGGAUGUUGGUGGAUCUGUUGGCAGUGCAAGCAGCGUGAAAAGCACCAGAGCGGUCUUCUACAAUUCAGUUAAUGGAAUUAUAUUGGUUCACGACUUGACAAACAAGAAAUCCUCCCAGAAUCUGUACAGAUGGUCAUUAGAAGCUUUGAACAAAGAUUCCUCUCCAACAGGAGUCAUUGUCUCCAAUGGUGACUAUGACAGAGAGCAGUUUGCAGAAAACCCAGUGCCUUUGCUCUUGAUAGGCACCAAAUUUGACCAGAUCCCAGAAAAUAAACGCAAUGAGGUUCUGACCCGAACAGGCUUCUUAUCUGAGGACUUCAACGCAGAGGAGAUCAAUCUAGACUGCACCAACCCACGGUACCUCGCUGCAGGGACAUCAAAUGCAGUGAAGCUCAGCAGGUUUUUUGACAAGGUAAUAGAAAAGAGAUACUUCACAAGGGAUCCAAGUCAGAUGACGGCUUUUACAGACAGAAAACGGUUCAACUUUAAAAGUUUGCACUAUGACUGAUGAGCCCUGAACACAUCAGCGGUGGUCUGUGGUUUGAAGAUGCCUUUGAGCCUUCACACCUCCAGUCAACCAUCACAUUCACCCAGUACGUUUACGUGCACAGUAAUAUUCCACAGAAGUCUGAAUUUCACUGGUGUAACAAACAACGGUCCAUGAGCUUCAUCUGAAUCUGGACUCUGUAAAUAUAUGUAUGUGUUUAUAUCUGGGUGCUUCUCUGAAACUGGGUUUAUUUAGUAUCUGUCACUGUUCCGUCUUUUUAGACCCAAUAAUAAAAGGUAAAUGUGGACAGAUUUAACCCCAGGA